UCAGAUUCAAAGUUCAAACAGCAGAAGCUACCAGCCUGGCAGCCCAUACUCACAGCAGAAAGUGUCUUACCAUUGUUGUUUGCUGUUGGGGUCUCAUUUAUACCUAUUGGUAUUGCAUUUCUAAUUGUCACCAAUGCAGUUAAAGAGAAAGUGAUAGAUUACACAUAUUGUGUUUCUGUAGACAAUGCAAAUGCGACUUGUGCUAACAUCAUCUCUGACAACAUCACCACAGUUUGUAAAUGUCAGGUCCAAUUCAAUCUGGAGUCUGAUUAUCCUGCUCCAGUUUUCUUGUACUACAAACUGAAAAACUUCUACCAAAACCACAGACGCUACGUAAAAUCUCGUGACGACGACCAACUCUUAGGCAAGGAUAAAACAGGAAUGUCAAUUUCUGAAUGUGAACCUUUCUAUAAAGAUUCAAACACUGGCCUCUACUAUGCGCCAUGUGGGGCUAUUGCCAACAGCCUUUUUAAUGACACCUUCAGCCUGUCUUACCAGUUAAAUGAUCCCAACAUCACUAAUAGUGACAUGAACAUAGCUGUUAACUUGAUCAAGCGUAACAUAGCCUGGCUGACUGAUAGGAAUUCUAAAUUCCACAAUCCCCAGGAUUUUUUCGAUGACUCCAUCACUGUCUUCAAGAAAUCAAUCCAACCGUUAAACUGGAGAAAAAAUGUCUACCAACUGGAUACAGAGGAUCCGACGAACAAUGGCUACAACAACGAGGAGCUAAUGGUUUGGAUGAGAGUGGCCGCUUUCCAUAAUUUUAGGAAACUCCAUAGACACAUAAACCAUACCGGACUGUUUAAGAAUGGAUUGAAGUCCGGAAAUUAUUCUUUUAUAAUUGAAUAUAACUACCCGGUGACAAAAUUUGACGGUCGGAAGAAACUGAUUCUAACUACAACGUCCUUUCUCGGGGGGAAGAACUCUUUUUUAGGCAUAGCUUAUCUCGUCGUUGGCUGCCUUAGCAUUGUCAUCGGUGUCAUUUUUGUUAUAAUUCAUUUUAGAGUCGGCAAAAAGUAA